AUGUCUAGCCCUAUCUUCCUUGGUGUUAUUGGUGUCGGAGGCGUUGGUACUUCGUUCCUCCAGCAGCUCGCUCGUCUGCCCAAUGCGCCCCAGCUUGUCCUCCUUGCCCGUUCCUCCCAGACUCUCCUUGCGCCCACUCCGGCCUACUCCCCGGCUAUCCCCGCCGCCGAUUGGGCCACAGCAUCUGCUGCACCAUCUUUGACCAAGAGCGGCGCUCUUCAGGCCGAGGAAAUUGCAACUUAUCUUGCCUCCGCCCCUGGCCGAGCUAUCUUGGUCGAUAACACCUCCGACAUUAACCUGGCCCGCCAGUACCCCACAUUCCUCAAGAAGGGUAUCUCAGUGGUUACACCGAACAAGAAGGGAUUCUCCGAUGACUUGUCUCUGUGGAAGGAUAUUUUUGCUUCCGCUGCUGAGGGUAAGGCUUUCGUCUACCACGAGAGCACCGUGGGCGCAGGUCUGCCCGUCCUGUCGACACUGAAGGACCUUGUGGCUACCGGUGACGAGGUGACCCGUAUCGAGGGUGUGUUCUCUGGCACGCUCUCUUUCCUGUUCAACAACUUCGCUCCUGCAUCAGGGUCUUCCGAUGCCCAGUGGAGUGCUGUUGUUGCCCAGGCUAAGGAGCUGGGCUACACCGAGCCCGAUCCUCGCGAUGACCUGAACGGCAUGGACGUUGCCCGCAAGCUCACCAUUCUGGCCCGUCUUGCUGGUCUGGAGGUUUCCCGCCCUGACUCAUUCCCCAUUGAGUCUUUGAUUCCCGCCGAACUUGCAUCCCUUCCCAGUUCCGCAGACGGCAUUUCUCAGUUCAUGACCCGUCUCCCCGAAUUUGACGCCCAGAUGGCCAAUGUUAAGGAGACUGCCGAGAAGCAGGGCAAGGUUGUCCGUUACGUUGGUAGCAUUGAUGUCGCUUCCAAAGCUGUCAAGGUUGGCUUGCAGUACUUCGACAAGGAUAGCGCCAUUGCUGGUCUGAAGGGCAGCGAUAACAUCAUCAGCUUCUACACCAAGCGUUACGGUGCCAAUCCUCUGAUUGUCCAGGGUGCCGGUGCUGGUGGCGAUGUCACUGCUAUGGGUGUUUCCGCCGACCUGAUCAAGGUCGUCGAGCGCCUCCGCUAG